AUUCUAAGUAUUUGUUCCAAUAUACUAGAGCAAUAUUUCCCAGAGAACAAGUUGAAGAAGCGGAAAGGGGGCAUUCCGAACAGAAGGCGAUCAGUUUGUGGGGGAGGCGAGAGAGAGAGACAGAGAGAUGAGUCAAAUGGUCGACUCUCUCAGGUCUGUCUAUCUCAAUUGUGUUUGUGCCUAUACGUAGAAUAUGUUGAUUUGGAAAAUCUCUGGAUGUUUGGUCUCAAAUUUGGAUUGGAUUGGAUCGCAGACCUUUCUGAGCUCUCCUUCCCCGGACUCCAUGUUUCUGUUGGGAUCGCUGUUCCGUUUCGGAUCUGUAAUUGUUUGGAUUGUUCACAUAGUCGCAUGCAUGGGGAUGUACACCUCCUGAGGAUGAUUGGCAAGGGUAAUUUGCUUGGAGGGCUCUAUGUUUUGGAUGGACACUCACUAAGGCUUGGCAGCCAAGAUAUAGAUAAGACCUGCACCUCUGUUACUGUAGUAAAUGUGAUAAGUAGCCAUGUUUGGCACAACAGGCUGCUCCAGGUCAAGUCUCAUGGAAGGCCAAGAAGCAGAAUACGGUUUCCAGGUCAUCUGCUGAGGCUGAAUACCGUGCCCUUGCCUCUAUUGCUAAGCAGUGGUUGUCUGGGAAGCCAUACUAAACACAAACCAAUUACCUCAAUUGACGAGCCACUAAGAGGACCAAAGCCAAGAGGUCGAACAGUGUCAAAAUCUAGCAUGUUGGGGGAUUUCUGGACCACCAGCACAUGUGAAAUGGACAACAGUGCAGUGCACUCCCAUGGAAGUGUCUCGUCAAUAAGCACAGUUGACCCCCAUGGAUCUAGUAGUGGAAAUAUUCCUUCUGAAUUUGUAAAUCAUGGUCUUCUUCUCUGGAACCAGACUAGACAGCAGUGGAUAGGAAAUAAAAAGUCUGAUGAUCAUGCACAACAGCUUCGUGAACCUAAACUAAGUUGGAAUGCAACCUAUGAAAGUUUGCUUGGGAGCAGCAAGCCAUUCCCUCAGCCUAUACCUCUCUCCGAAAUGGUAGAUUUUCUUAUCGACAUCUGGGAGCAGGAAGGAUUGUACGACUGAGAAAGCCCAAGCACAACAGACACUUGGUGUUCAUAGGUUGGCUCACUCACUCACUCUGGCUGCCCUUGGAAAUAUAUAUACCUUAAAAAGGAUUAAAAUGGAAUAUAGGCUGUAUGCAUCUUCUUUCUAUUAUUGGAUGCGGACUUUGUGAAACUUUGCAGAGUUAAUAGUGCUGUCAUUUUCUACAGAUGAGAUGGGUGAUCCACGUCACUUGCAGCCUUGCCCUUUUCGAGGUAGCUUAAAACUUAAUUUACUUGCCUCACCCUAAUUCUUGAGAUGUUUUGGAUCAAAAUGUGAUUAUAUUACCAUGAUCAUAAUCAUAGUUACUCCUAAAAUAAGAUCAGUAGUUUGCAGACUUUGCACCCUGAACAGGUCACUAAGUCAGUGGAGCUUGAAAAAAAGAUUACCAAUGUGUAUAAA